GCUCCCGCUCCCGCUGGCAGCGGCGACGGCGGCGGCGGCGGCGGCGGCGGCGGCGGCGGCUGUGGGGAUUGUUUUUGUUGUCGCUGAGGCCGGAAGAGCCGCGGGAGCCGGGUCCCCGUCCCCGUCCCCGGGCCGGGCGCCGCCGCCGCCCCCUGCCCAGCGCCCGCGUCUCCGCGGCGCCCCUUCAGCGCCAAGAUUCCGGAGAUCAAGCGUUACGCGGCGGCGGCGGCGGCGGCGGCGGGGCCCGGAGCGGGAGGCACCGGGGACCGGGGCGAGGCGGCCCCCGCCGCUGCUGCCAUGGAGGCUCUGGGACCCGGACCUCCAACCAGCCUCUUUCAGCCACCUCGUCGUCCUGGCCUUGGAACUGUUGGGAAACCAAUUCGACUAUUAGCAAAUCAUUUCCAGGUGCAGAUCCCAAAAAUAGAUGUAUAUCAUUAUGAUGUGGAUAUUAAACCAGAAAAACGACCUCGUAGAGUCAAUAGGGAGGUAGUAGAUACAAUGGUACGGCACUUCAAGAUGCAGAUAUUUGGUGAUCGGCAGCCUGGCUAUGAUGGCAAAAGAAACAUGUACACAGCACAUCCACUGCCAAUUGGACGGGACAGAGUUGAUAUGGAGGUAACCCUCCCAGGUGAGGGUAAAGACCAAACCUUCAAAGUGUCUGUUCAAUGGGUAUCAGUUGUGAGUCUUCAGUUGCUUUUAGAAGCUUUAGCUGGGCACUUGAAUGAAGUCCCAGAUGAUUCAGUUCAAGCACUUGAUGUUAUUACAAGACAUCUUCCCUCUAUGAGGUAUACUCCAGUGGGCCGCUCUUUUUUCUCACCUCCUGAAGGUUACUACCAUCCUCUGGGAGGGGGCAGAGAGGUUUGGUUUGGCUUCCAUCAGUCUGUGAGACCUGCAAUGUGGAAUAUGAUGCUCAAUAUUGAUGUAUCUGCAACUGCUUUCUACCGGGCUCAACCUAUCAUUGAGUUCAUGUGUGAGGUGUUAGACAUUCAGAACAUCAAUGAACAGACCAAACCUCUAACUGACUCCCAGCGCGUCAAGUUUACUAAAGAAAUCAGAGGUCUCAAAGUUGAGGUGACUCACUGUGGACAGAUGAAACGGAAAUACCGAGUUUGCAAUGUGACUAGACGGCCAGCCAGUCAUCAAACCUUUCCUUUACAGCUAGAAAAUGGUCAAGCUAUGGAAUGUACAGUAGCUCAAUAUUUUAAGCAAAAGUAUAGCCUGCAGCUGAAAUACCCCCAUCUUCCCUGUCUCCAAGUGGGACAAGAGCAAAAGCAUACAUACUUGCCACUUGAGGUCUGUAAUAUAGUAGCAGGGCAGCGAUGUAUAAAGAAGCUCACAGACAAUCAGACAUCCACAAUGAUCAAAGCCACAGCAAGAUCUGCUCCUGACAGACAGGAAGAAAUCAGUAGACUGGUAAAGAGCAAUAGCAUGGUGGGUGGACCUGAUCCAUACCUUAAAGAAUUUGGGAUUGUUGUCCACAAUGAAAUGACAGAGCUUACAGGUCGGGUCCUUCCAGCCCCAAUGCUGCAGUACGGAGGCCGGAAUAAAACAGUAGCUACACCCAACCAGGGUGUCUGGGAUAUGCGAGGAAAACAGUUUUAUGCUGGCAUUGAAAUUAAAGUUUGGGCAGUUGCUUGUUUUGCACCUCAGAAACAAUGUAGAGAAGAUUUACUGAAGAGUUUCACUGACCAACUUCGUAAAAUCUCCAAGGAUGCAGGAAUGCCUAUCCAGGGUCAGCCUUGUUUCUGCAAGUAUGCACAAGGGGCAGACAGUGUGGAGCCCAUGUUUAAACAUCUGAAAAUGACAUACGUGGGCCUACAACUAAUAGUGGUUAUCUUGCCUGGGAAGACACCAGUUUAUGCUGAGGUGAAACGUGUUGGAGAUACCCUUCUAGGCAUGGCCACACAGUGUGUCCAGGUAAAAAAUGUGGUGAAGACCUCACCCCAAACCCUUUCCAACCUUUGCCUGAAGAUAAAUGCAAAACUGGGAGGAAUUAACAACGUGCUUGUACCUCAUCAAAGGCCCUCAGUGUUCCAGCAGCCUGUCAUCUUCCUGGGAGCAGAUGUUACACACCCUCCAGCAGGGGAUGGGAAGAAGCCUUCCAUUGCAGCUGUGGUGGGCAGCAUGGAUGGCCACCCCAGCCGGUACUGUGCCACAGUUCGGGUGCAGACAUCCCGGCAGGAGAUCUCCCAGGAGCUACUAUAUAGUCAGGAGGUCAUCCAGGACCUGACUAACAUGGUUCGAGAACUGCUGAUCCAGUUCUACAAAUCCACACGCUUCAAGCCCACUCGUAUCAUCUAUUACCGGGGAGGAGUAUCCGAAGGGCAAAUGAAACAGGUAGCUUGGCCUGAACUAAUAGCAAUUCGAAAGGCAUGUAUAAGUUUGGAAGAAGAUUAUCGGCCAGGAAUAACAUACAUUGUGGUGCAAAAGAGACAUCACACACGACUCUUCUGUGCAGAUAAAACAGAAAGGGUUGGGAAAAGUGGCAACGUCCCAGCAGGCACUACAGUGGACAGUACCAUCACACAUCCAUCAGAGUUUGACUUUUACCUCUGUAGUCAUGCAGGCAUUCAGGGAACCAGCCGUCCUUCACAUUAUCAGGUCUUGUGGGAUGACAACUGCUUCACUGCAGAUGAACUCCAGCUCCUGACCUACCAGCUGUGCCACACUUAUGUAAGGUGCACACGAUCAGUCUCUAUUCCAGCCCCUGCAUAUUAUGCCCGGCUUGUGGCAUUUAGAGCAAGGUAUCAUCUGGUGGAUAAAGAUCAUGACAGCGCGGAAGGCAGUCAUGUGUCAGGACAGAGCAAUGGCCGGGAUCCUCAAGCCUUAGCCAAGGCAGUACAGAUCCAUCAUGAUACCCAACAUACCAUGUAUUUUGCCUAAGAGUCUCAGAAAAAGAACUCAGCUAGUUUGGCACCCCUUACAGCCUCAAAAUGUUUCAAGUGACUACCGCCUCUUGCUAGACCCAAGUUGACUUCAGGUGGUCUUCUACCAGCAGCUCAGAAUAGUUGCACUGAAUCUAUAUUUGCAGCAUUGUCUGAUGCAUCAACAAAAUUGAGCCAUUUUUCUAAAAUAAUAGAUACUCAGAUUAUCUUUUCUGAUGAUGCACUGGACUGAAUUUUUACCUCAAUGUGCAAAGGCUGAUCAGCCUGAACUUUCUAAAGGACUUUACAAGAAAGGUUUCUAUGGAAUAUUUUGCUAUUCACUGCAUCCCUCUAGUCUUAGAAGAGAAGAGUAUUCUUUCUUUUUUUUCCCCUGUAUUCAUUCAGUAGGGUAUAUACAUAGGUGGAGAUAAAAAAUAAUCUGCUUCAUUUCAGUGUAACUAAUUGAGUGGGCUCACAAACUUUUUAAUGGAGAUUUCUGACUUUGUCACUGUAAAUGCCUUUAAUGAGCAUUAAUUUUUGGAAAUUUUACAGAGUUUUAUUACUUUAUCUUACUGAUCUCUGCAGACUUGUGCUGGUGUCAGUACAGGCUGCCAGAGGAUUGCACUAUACUUGGCUGCAGAUUCAAACAGGCAGUUCUCUUAUUUGAUUGACUUUCAUGAAUGAGUGACAUAGGACAAUGUAAUGCAUGUCAUAGUGACAGAUAACACUGCCACGGUAAAAGUACUCAUGUUUUUCCCUAUUUGAAAAAACAAAAACAACUUAGCGUUUAGUAUUUUUUCCAAAUUUUCAAAAGUGCCCAUUUUAUGCUGCUGUGUGGUUUGUUAGAUCUAAAUGGUUUUUAAACUUUUCUCAUAGAGUUAACUUUGGCAAUAAGCAUUUUUUUAAGGUCCCUCUUUUUCCUUCCCCUAGUGAUGUAGGUUUUUUCUAGAUGAGAUUUCAGUAUGAUUUUAUCAACUAUUUCUUAUGUAUCAUAAUCUGGCAACUUCUGAAACUGGUCAGAAAAGACAUAUACUUCCAUGCCUUUUUAAGGACUUGUUUUUUAAUCUACUUUAUAGUCAUAACUGGUGUCCUGUCACUUUGUUUUAAAAUAAGCUAGAGCCAGGAUGCUUUCUUAUUGGAUAGUUUGUGCCACUCCAUAGGGCACAUUGAGUGAUGCUGCACUUGCAAAAAUGUACCAGCAUUAAAAAAAAAAAAAAAAGAAAAAAGAAAAAAAAGGUUUCCCUCUGGGAUUCAAAGUUACAGUUACUUGCUGUGCAAUUUUUUUUCUCUAUCUAUACUUGGUGGGUUUUCCUUCCGUACUAAAACUGUUUAGAAGAGGUUUCACAGGGAGACAAGAUUCCUUUCUUGUCUAAACAAAGGAAGUUGUUGGAAAGCAAGCAUCAGUUAAAAUGUAUAGGGAAAAUGUAUUUUGUAUUUAAUGUAGAUAAUACUUUGUAAUGGACAACAGUUACAUAGUUUAGGUAGGUCCAGCCAGUGUUUCCCAACCCACAACUUGCUGACUUGUUCUCCAUCCUGGACCAACAGAGUGAGAGAUAAAGGGUCCUGGAGCCACACUCCAAAUGGCCGGAGAAGGUACUGGAUGAAGAGACAGACAAGAUGUGGUCAGAACAAAGCAAAACCACCAACAACUUUGUUGCCUCUGUCUGGAACCUGCUGGUGGGAAACACUGAAUGAGGUGGUGAAGGGUGGUUUUUUUUGUUUUUGUUUUAAACUCAUUAGUUGAUCCAAAAGUCUUAUAUUAGCCUUCUCAAAAUCCCAGCAAUAUAACAAAUAUAACACACUGUUCUUCUUCAAUCUUUAAGCAAUCUUGUAAAUACAUUGAAGUUUACAUUUCCAUGUGCUGUUGCUCAGCGGCACCACCCGUGUUUGCUGAGACUGGUCUCUAAGAGUUUUAUAAUGUCUAUGGAGUUGUGUAGCUCAUUACCAUGAGUGGGAAGAAAGCAAGUUCUGUGACUGAAGCACAACAUAGGCAGGAGUGAAGAGGUGGCAAAUGUUAACUACUUAUUUUUUUUAUUUUUGCAAAUACCUCACUUGGAUAGUACAAAUCAGGACAUGUUGGUGAGGGGCUGGCUGCUGCUUUUAUUCAUAUUUGUUCAGGGAGAGCAAAGAAAAUAUCCUUCAGCAUGGCCACUUUGGACCCAAGAGGAGGAAAACCAGCUUUUUAAGAGAACGAGGACUCUUUAAAGUCCAACAUGUGAAGAACUCUUGGAGGUUGGCUGGCUGGCCAGCAAAUGGGCACCACACCAGCACUUGAGUGCCUCGGGCUUGCUUGUUAAUAAUGCACAGAAGACGCUCUCACCAUCUCCUGGCAUCUAUGAAGCAGGGAGCAAGGUUGAGUGCUGGGAAGCCCUGAUCCACUUGACUGCAGUUGGGCUGUACACUCAACCUUGAAAUGCUAUAGUUUAUAAGACCCCUGUCAGUCAUAGUAUGUUGGGGCCAAUCAGUAUGGUGGUAGAGGGAAAGCUGGAAGGCCUAUUUUUAUAGGAAAAUGGUAACUCUUAAGGGUACAAUGCUGUUGUUUCUAACGCAAAGAAAGGAAGACAGAAGUUAAGAUUAUUUGAGAAAUCCUGUUGAGGGGGUGAAUCUUUAAGAAGUAAUCACUGCAGUAUCAGAGUUGCAGCAAUAUUUUUGCAAGCAAGUCUGAAUGCAUAGUCUUAAUUGGGUUUGACAAUGGAAUAGGUUAACCCUCCCCCUCAAUACUGGCUGAAUCGUCUGCAUGUGUCAAUCAAUGGGAGGUGUGCAUUCUCUAGAAGUAGUGUUAGGCUGUUUGGUUUUUUUAAAUCAGCCUGUUUAGGCACUGUUAUGUGGUAUGAAAGAUUUUAAUGUAGCAAUGCUAAAGAGGUAACAAUUUGGGGGUAAAGGAGCUGGACAUUAAGAGUGGUAAAAACUCAGACAUUGAACCAGUUGUUUUGUGUUAUUGUUGUUAGCUGUUGACUCCUGAGCAGCUUCUGUAGGGAACCAGCUGGCUUAAUGCAGCCAGCAUUCUGGGCAGGCAGAACAUAUUACUGUAAAUUCUAUUUGCUGCUUCCAAAGGUGAUGAUUUACAAGCAGACAUUUUCUAUAUGGUCUGUAUUUUAGGAUCUGGUGCCCAGCCUAUAUCAGAGCUUACCUACCUGGCUCACUACCUACCCUCACCCAUGGGAAAAGGUAACCUGCUGUUUAACAAGGCUCACCUUCUCCAGCCUGCCUAGCAACUCUUUGUGGAUAUUCUAUAAGAUUUUCUUGCUCAAUAGCAAGGUGGUAACUCUGCUUUCAUUUUAAGAAAGUGGAGGCCUAGGGCAUUGUAUCAAUACUGCUUCAACUCUAAGAAUUUUUCCUUGUAAAACCAAAGGAAAAAAUCUUAUUGGUUGACUAUUUUCUUAUCCCUUGCUAUUGAUCUAUUCAUACUCUUUCUAUGUCUAGUGGCUGAAAUUGUUUGCAUUUGUUGAUUUGACUAAUGGUGUGAUUUUUGUUUCUAUAUUGUUAGACUUGUAAUGUUUUAAAAUGUAUUUUAUUAAAUUUGGACUGGAUGUAUGUUUAUAGCAAUACGAGGUACUUUCUAAGCUAUUAAGGGAGGGGUUGUAUCUCCAUGUUGAGAUAAGAUAAUGGUUGUUUAAUUUUGUAAUUUUUUUUUUUUUGGCCUGCAGGGAUACUUUGCGUUCAUGUGUCUAAAAAAAAAAGAAUAAAUUGGCAUUCUUAUGCCAAAAGUUGUUUUUCUU